CUGUUCAGCUUACCCGCAGGGAUUCCCUCUCCAGCCAAUCGCUGCAGAGCCUCGGGACUGCCCAGAACAAAGAUGGCGGGGGAAGGCCUCAGUGAGGGCAGACUGAUCUGAACACCCAAGUCCUCAGCCAAACAGCAGAGACGGUGGUGAUAGCGGCGCGGUACGGACCAUGGAGGAGAGCAGCAGCUCCGGGAGCGGUGGCGGCGACAGCAACAGCACCGGCGGGCCUGGCGGGGCGCAGCAACGGGAGCUGGAGCGCAUGGCUGAAGUCCUGGUGACCGGGGAGCAGCUACGACUCAGGCUGCAUGAAGAGAAAGUCAUUAAAGAUAGACGGCAUCAUCUCAAAACCUACCCGAAUUGUUUUGUGGCGAAAGAACUGAUUGACUGGCUGAUUGAUCACAAAGAGGCUUCUGACAGAGAGACAGCAAUUAAACUCAUGCAGAAAUUAGCAGACAGGGGCAUUAUUCAUCAUGUGUGUGAUGAACAUAAGGAGUUCAAGGAUGUGAAACUCUUCUACCGCUUUAGGAAGGAUGACGGCACCUUCCCGCUGGACACCGAGGUGAAGGCCUUCAUGCGAGGACAGAGGCUGUACGAGAAGCUGAUGAGUCCUGAAAACACACUCCUACAGCCCAGGGAAGAAGAAGGAGUCAAGUAUGAGCGUACUUUCAUGGCAUCAGAGUUCUUGGAUUGGCUGGUGCAGGAAGGUGAAGCCACAUCAAGGAAAGAGGCAGAACAGCUUUGCCACCGACUUAUGGACCAUGGCAUCAUACAGCAUGUGUCCAACAAGCACCCGUUUGUGGACAGCAACCUUCUCUACCAGUUCCGAAUGAAUUUCCGUCGGAGGCGAAGACUGAUGGAGCUGCUCAAUGAGAAGUCUCCCUCUUCCCAGGAGGCUCAUGACAGUCCCUUCUGCCUGAGGAAGCAGAGCCAUGACAAUCGGAAACCCACCAGCUUUAUGUCAGUCAGCCCUAGCAAGGAAAUCAAGAUCGUGUCUGCUGUGCGGAGGAGCAGCAUGAGUAGCUGUGGCAGCAGCGGCUACUUCAGCAGCAGCCCGACCCUCAGCAGCAGCCCCCCUGUGCUCUGCAACCCCAAGUCUGUGCUGAAGAGACCGGUCACAUCUGAGGAACUCCUCACUCCCGGGGCUCCGUACGCCAGGAAGACGUUCACGAUUGUUGGUGAUGCAGUUGGCUGGGGCUUUGUGGUGAGAGGAAGCAAGCCAUGUCACAUCCAGGCUGUGGACCCCAGCGGACCCGCGGCUGCUGCAGGAAUGAAGGUCUGUCAGUUUGUUGUCUCUGUCAAUGGCCUCAAUGUGCUGCACGUGGAUUACCGGACCGUGAGCAAUCUGAUCCUGACAGGCCCACGGACAAUUGUGAUGGAAGUCAUGGAGGAGCUGGAGCGCUGAGCAGCCAGACCUUCCUCCCCUCCCCACCCUGCCCCGCCCAGCAGUGACGCAUCCCAGAAACAGCAAUGCAAGGACAGGCUGUCCUGUACAUGGAUGGCUCUGGACACCUGUAUCUCUCCUCCAUCCUCACACAUCAAGUUCCAUACACUGUUUGUAUGUGGAAGAAUCGGGUAACACAUCUUAAAAAAAAAAAGUCAGUGUAGGAAAGCAAUAGGGAAGCAGAAUUUUCCUACAUGAUGGGAUUGCCUUACUACAUUUCUAUUUCUAUUCGUGGUCCUCAUCCGGAGUUUUCAUCUUCAUUUGUACAAAGUUGUUGAGAUGCUUCUCAAACUGAAGGAGCAACAUUGUUGAAAUCGACUUUCUAGGGAGUCAUGAAAAGUAGCUGCUACAGACUCUAAAAAUAUACUUUUCAAGCCGGGCCCAGUGGUAUGUAGCCGUCAGCUCAGCUAGUUAGAAGGCUGAGGCAUAAAGAUUGCUUGAGCCCAGGUGUCUGCGGCUGGUGUGGGCAAUUUAACAAGACUCCCUCUGACAAUGAGAUUGUUUGCUAGAAGGUGAACCUACACCUUACCCAUUUCUCUUCAGAUGAAAAUAGUAUCCAUAGGAAUAUGAUCUGCUAACCAGCAUUUGCAGAAGGUGGUUCUAAAGCACUCAGGUGCUCCAAAGCCAUCAAGAAGUGACUUCUUCUUAAUCCCCUCUUUUAGUGUUGACUUCUAAUUUAACAUGCUUCAGUUCUGGCAUCAGGUGAAAAAAUAAACAACCAAAUCAAACUCUGUUAACGCUGUGGGUGGAGGUAGAUAAAGAAAGACAGUAUAGAAACUGCUUGUAACUGUCCCUAUUUUCUCUUUCUGAGCCUAAAUCAUUUGUCUACAAAUCAGCUCUGUCUAUAAAUUAGCUUUCUAGAAUUCAUCCUGCAUAUAUUAAAUGUGAAGGCAGAGAAGUUUCUUAUUCAUACACAUAAAACCCCAAAUCAAACCUCCUGAUAAGAUUUUUCCUUUGAGAGUGUUUACUUGAAAAAAAGAAAUAGUCUAGAAUUCGGCCUAUGUGUGAUAAAACUUGAAGUUCUUAGAUUGUCUUCUUAGCCUGACUUUUUACAAGCUUUCUAAUAGAACAUGUUAAGGACAUGAUUUGCUGCUUACUUAGGGGGACAAUUUUUCACAGAAAUUAUCACUUUCUUUUGUAAUUUUCAUCCCAUUUGUAUAUACGCCUAUUUGGGAUUUUGUUUUGUCUUGUGAGAGUUUUCCUUUUUUCAGGGGGCGGGGUUAGAAGACUGGUAUCUAGGUUCUUGGGGUAUAGAGGAAAUUCUUCAAAGUGCCAAAUUAGGGAGUCAGAAAUACUUUUGCAUUUCAUAUAAUGAAUUUUGAACAAGGAAGUUACUUUCAUAUUCUGUAUUAAUGAAAUUAAACACAAAUGUUAUACCUCAGUCAUUUUCUUCCAUAGGUUAUCAUAUCUUGGUACUGGUACCAUGCUAAGGCUUUUAUAUAUAUCUAUUCCCAACUUGGUAGCUUUAGUCAGAGAACAGUAUUUUGAGGUUCUGUUGAGUAUCUGCCAUCAAUAUUGCCAGUCUAUAUUUGAGAAAGGUUGUCCCCUUCUACAACUGUGUGUGUUUAUACUGUGUGCUUGGCGCUGCUAUGUCAUUGAACGUGUGUGAUCUUCUAAAAUGUAAUGCGCAUCACAAUCUUUUAAAGUA